AUCGCCCCAUGCUGCCUCGCUAGCGUCGAUCUAGGCGCAUAGGGUCUUCUCAAGCUUGGGAUUGAGCAUGAGCACGAUCAAGCUAUCAAAGACGUCAAGUGUCUGUCGACUAGCUAUAUUUCGCCGGAGCUGUGCCAGAUCCACUGAAUUUCGGUUCCUUAUUAGCCCAGCUAUAAUCGACUAUUUGGCACAUCUCUCCACAUCUCUUCUUCCCCAACGAAUAUGUCGACGAGCAAUAUUCUCGUCUACGUCGUACGCCACGACCUGCGCGUCUCUGACAAUCCUAUUCUACAUCAUCUCGCUUCUACAUCUGAUCAUGGAUUUACGCAUAUUCUCCCUCUCUGCGUCUUGCUUCCGCAUCAGAUUGAGGUUUCAGGGUUUCUGAAGCAAGGGAUCAAGUCGCCUUUUCCCGAAGCUAAAAGUGAUGUUGGUCGUUACUGGAGAUGCGGGCCGCACCGAGCUAGGUUCAUCGCCCAAUCGUUUUGGAAUUUGAAAGACAAUCUCGAAAAAUUAGGCAACGACUUGACGAUUAGGAUAGGGCCAUAUGAUGAGGUAUUGAAGACGCUGAUUGAAGGUCUACGACAGAAUGAGCUCACUGUAGGGGGCGUAUGGACAAUAGGAGAAGAAGGUACUGAGGAGAAACGAGACGAAACAGCCAUAUCGGAGACAUGUUCUAGUCUAGGUGUCGACUUCCGAACAUGGAUCGACGAGAAAUACUUCAUCGACGACCAAAAUGUAAAACUCGACGCAUCUCAAGACCUCCCCGAUGUAUUCACGACUUACAGGAAAAUGAUGGAACCCCUCCGAGAGAAGCCUAGCACGGUUCUACCUACUCCCUCAAAAGAUGAUCUACCAAAACCUAUCGAAAAAUCUAAGAUUCCGCAUCAAGAUUCGCCUUUCGAAAUCCCUUCGUCGUACGAAAAAUUCGAGGAAUCGCUCUUGCGUCCUAUAAAUGAGGUUCUGUCCGGCGUCCCACCAUUUCCCGAAGGGGCUAAGUCAGCACACCCUUUCAAAGGUGGCGAGGAAAGCGCCCACGAGAGAUUGGAGUACCUGAUCAAAUCAGGAAGCGCAUACUUGUAUAAGGAUUCACGAAACGGGCUACUGGGAAGCGACUUCAGUACGAAGCUGUCGGCCUAUCUUGCGCAAGGAUGCAUCACUGCCCGUCAGGUCCACGAUAGACUUAUGGCAUACGAAGAUGGAAAAGACGAGUCAUUAUCCGAGUCGCAGGGAUACGGGGAGGGAGAAAACGAAGGAACAAAAGCCAUACGGUUCGAGUUGCUUUGGCGCGAUUAUAUGAGGCUCUGCAACAGGAAGUUUAAGGAGAAGCUCUUCUUACGCUCUGGAUUCCGAGAUGACCAUGCUAAUAAGUGGAAAUCGGUCGAGAAAGAAGAAGUAGACGGUGAACAGCGGUCGGUGGGUGAGGUUGCUGAAACAAUACGAAGAGUAUUUGAUGGUACUACCGGGAUGGGGUUGAUUGAUGCAUCUCAGAGGGAGUUGUUGCACACCGGUUACACGUCGAACCGUGCCCGUCAGAAUGUCGCUAGUUUUCUUGCAAAACACCUGAGCAUCGAUUGGCGCUAUGGUGCUGAAUGGUAUGAGAUGUUGUUAGUCGAUUACGACGUCUCAUCUAACUGGGCAAACUGGCAAUACGUAUCCGGAGUGGGGAAUGACCCGCGAGGCGAAGCACGCAUUUUCAAUCCCGUCAAGCAAGCUUUCGAUUACGAUAAGGAUGGGGAGUACGUGCGCUGUUGGCUACCAGAAGUGCAAAAGCUCGAGAAGUUAGAAAAUGUCUUUCAAGCUUGGACUACACCAAAAGAGGAUUGGGACCGUCUCGGUCUAACAGGUCUUGCAAUGGCCGAGAAUCCGAUAAAGAAGAUCGAAUUCUCGGUUGAAGGAAAACCUAAGGCCUCCAGGCGACCUUUUGUCCGCCGACGCGGUCCUGGACGUGGGGGAAGCGGUCGAACGCCACAACCAUCUACAACUCCGCAACCACCAACUGGUCCUAGUAACCCUAAUGGGCAGAAUGAAAAUGGGAGAACAGCUAAUAGACAGCGUAACAAUCAAGGUAACCAAGGCAAUCAGCAAGUCUCAACUGACAAUCCUCGUGGGUCAUUCCGUGGUGGGCGAGGUUACGGCAGAGGUUACCAAACCCGCGGUUAUCGUGGAUUCAGAGGAGGGUAUCGCGGAGGCCGUGGUCCGGCAGCAAACUACAGUCAACCCCCAGCACCGAUGCAAACGUUGGCUCCGACCGAACAAGCGCAAUAGGAUUCGCUUUAUCGUGUGCCGGGCUACCGCUACCCCAACCCGCUUGAUUUGCCGGCGCCGGGGCUUGUAACGAUUGCUAGGUCUCACGUGGACGCAUAUUCCCACCCCACCACUUUCCUUCAAUCUCCACUCCCCUAUAUACAGCUCAGAAGCAGGGAGUUAUCGCCACAGUCAAAUACCCGACUAUUACGGGCUCUUGAACCUCUCCCACGGCCACAUUCCCUCUAGAGGAUUGUUGAUGAGAAAGGUCGAUUCUACGUCGAGUAUAUUAGCCUCAACUAAAAUUUGUUGGUUG